GUUUUGUUUGUACACACAAAUACGUCCUAUAUUUUUUUAGCAUUUAAAAUACAUGAAUACUCAAAUUGCGGAAGUUUCGUCUUAGUUACACUUACAUGAUGAAACUCCAAUCCAAUCAACUCCAAAAUCCUGGUCAUUUUCUCUUGAUCACAAAGUUCAUGUGUGUGUUUGAAUACCAAUGUGAAUAGACUUUCAUCCCGGUUCAUAAGAGAGUUUUGUUGACUUUUUAUUUUAAAGUAAGUGUUAACGUCAGUUUGCACCGGUGCGAGCCUGAAUCCAAAAUAGCCUACAACUUCAUAGGAGAAACCAAGUUGAUAGAAACUUGGACACAACAAUAGCAUGUCAAUAUUGUCAGGGAAAAUGGGGCAAGACUGUUUGCACUAUGAUUCCCAUGAAGAAACAUCCAGUUGCACUUGUUUUCUCAUUGGGUUCAGGAGAAAAAACCAAGUGUUAAAUUACAGCCAUAGCAGCAGCACCAGUGAGAUAGGCAACAAGGAUUCAGAGGAGCUGUUUGAGAUCAAUCUGGAGGAGCCAUUGGAUACAAUAUCAGAAGACUGUGAGAGCAGUGUGUUCUCUUUUGAUAUUCACAAUGAGAAAGACAUUGUUUAUGUGGCAGUAGGCCAAGCUGGAGAAUCAAGCAUGGAAGCGCUUUUGUGGACUUUGAAACAUGCUGUCACACCCUCUACCACUGUCUGUUUCAUACACGUUUUUCCUGAAAUCAGGCUCAUUCCAACUCCAUUUGGAAAAAUUCCAAGGAAUCUUGUAGAUCCAGAGUAUGUUAAUUUUCACUUAACUCAAGAGAAAGGCAAGAAGAAAGAGCUCCUUCAAAGGUUCAUUGACUUGUGCACUGAUUCAAAGGUUAAGGUGGAGAUCAUGCUCACUGAAGGUGACAACAUUUCCAAAGCCAUCGUGGACCUUGUUAGGAAUCUUGGUAUAAGGAAAUUGGUGAUUGGAACUAGCAAAUCUAAUUUAAGUAAGUAUGUCUCUAGAAGGAGAAAUGUCAUAGCAGAUAAGGUCCUAAAGAAUGCCCCAGAAAUAUGUGAUGUUAAAAUUAUAUGCGAUGGAAAGGAAGUGAUUGAUCAAAUGAUUGUUAGCUCUUCAUAUUUAUGCCCAAGUUCUGGUAGAAGUUCCAGAGUUUCACUAGAAGAAGCUAAAUCCCAUGGCUUUGUUCAAUCGUUGCGUUUUAUGCCAAAUACUGCAUGGUUAUCUAGAUUCUAGACCCAGAUUUUAAUAAACAAUAUCAGUAGAGAUUGAAUAUGUAUAAGAAGACUUCAAAUAUGGUUGAUCCGAUUGUUAGACUUGGUUAGUGCAGGUCUUAGACAAUAAUGCAUUAGUCAUAUAUGAAUGUUUUUUAUAAACAAAAAGGAUCUUUAUCUAUUUGGGAUGAAUGGGAUGAUCUUUAUAGUA